UGCUACGCGCUGGAAGGAGCUAAGGUACGUCUCCGAUGCUCUCGCGGUGACACCUAAAAUAAGUCUCUUUUAUAAGAGGAGAAAGAGGCUGCGUAGACGUUGCGUACAAGAGCGGCGUCGUGAUUAUGGUGGAGCUCAGUCAGUGUCUUUCCAUGCUGUCCGCUCGAUGUUGUGCUGCGUUUCGAGGAGAACCGUCUCUGGGGCGGACCAAGGGUCGCUCUACGAUCGCUAUCUAACGAAAGUGCAACCUGUCGAGCCGGAUAACGUAGCUGAGAUCGAGAGAGAUCUCGAGCCAGAUGUGCCGUCCGCCCUUCUGCCGUGCGCGAUCUGCGCACGGACCUUUAUGCCGCAGUCGUUGGAGAAGCACACGAGGAUAUGCGAGCAGAACGCCACCAAGAGACGGAAGCCGUUCGACUCGGCGAAACAGAGGAUACAGGGCACCGAGCUGGCCGAGUUCCUGCCCAAGCAGGAGAAAAGACGGCAGAUGCAGGACGACAGGAACAGGUCCACCUGGAAGCAGACGCACGAUGACUUUCUGCGACAGAUCCGGGCAGCUCGGAACGAGAUCGUGGACGGCGCGAUGCAGAAACAAUGCGCAACGGUGUUGUCGUCGAGCGCGCCCACGCGCGCAAACGAGCAGGGCGUGUGUCCCACCUGCGGUCGUCAUUUCGGCGUCAAGGCGUACGACAGGCACGUGGCCUGGUGCAAGGACAGAAUCGCGAGGGCGCCGAUGAGCCCGGCGACGAACAUCGCGAAGGAACGUCUCGAGGCGCGUAUGAAGUAUCGAGCCCCGUCCUUGAAGAAUCGCAGACAAAUAACCCGCGAGAAAUAUUCGCCGAAUUCCGCGACCAAUCUUCAUUCCAAUAAAACCUCGCCCACGCAGCCGGCUAGCAGAGCCAAGGAGAGCAUCUCGGCGCCGAACUGCGCCAAAAUCGAUAGUCCCGUUAAACAGAAACCCGCCACUGUGAGACGCGCCGGCCCGUCGAAGUCAAGUCCGAUAGGACCGAUGAAGUCUCGGCCGAUGGAUCGAUCGAACAGGCCGCCAGAAGACGAGUCCGAAGCGGUGCCCUAUCCACCUGCGCUACCUAAUAAAAGAGCCCUCCUCCCCGUACCGCCCCUAAAGUAUAAGAAACCGAGUCUCGGCGACUGUAGCAACGUUUCGACACCGAGACGCAGGACUCGGAAGAUGGCCGCGCUCGUUGGCCGGCUGUCGCCGAGCUGCCGCUCGCGAUCGGAAGCCGGCCAGCCGUUGCACUCCGGCAGGUCGACGAUGCCGAACAUCGUCUCCGCCCGAAGCGAGGGUCACCCGAAACUGAACGACGUCUCCAUCAACGUCGAGGUGACGGGGAUGACGGUGACGCCGUGCAGCAUCUUCCCGAGAAGCAAGCCGACCGCUUGGAAGAGGACCGGUCGAGACAAGGAGGACGACGCGAUCUCCGCUGGAUCCGCGAGCAUUCGCCUCGUUGAUUCGCGAGCAGAACAAUCGAGCGUCUUUUUCGACGGAUCAUCGAUCGUCAACAAGUCUCACAAGUCCGACAAGUCCAACAAGUCGGACAAAUGCGGCGAGACGAGUCCAGGGAGCGGAAUUAGCGCCAAUUGGUCGCAGGCUACGCCAAAGUCCGCGAGCACCCGCCUCGUUUACUCGCGAGCAGAACAAUCGAGCGUCUUUUUCGACGGAUCAUCGAUCGCCGGCGACAAGUUUCACAAGUUUGACAAGUCCAACAAGUCGGACAAAUGCGGCGAGGCGACUCCAAGGUGCGGAAUUAGCGCCAAUUGGUCGCAGAAUACGCCAAGGACCGCGAGCACCCGCCUCGUUGAUUCGCGAGCAGAACAAUCGAGCGUCCUUUUCGACGGAUCAUCGAUCGUCAACAAGUUUGACAAGUCCGACAAGUCCAACAAGUCAGACAAAUGCGGCGAGACGAGUGCGAGGAGCGGAAUCAGCGCCGAUUGGUCGCCGACUACGCCAAGGUUGAACCGAACCUACUCGUUCAAGGAUUCGUUCGACGAAGCAGAGGACGCGCGCUCGCGUCGAGGCAAAUGGAGGCCGGUGAGACACAGUCCCCGAGUGGAAUUCUGCGUCGGCGACGUCGACAGACUCGAGAGAUUGCGUUCCCGCUGUCAAAAGCAAGAGGAAGUCCGGAGGAUCGACGAGGGCGAUUCGAGGGUCAACAAUUGUCCGGAUGGUUUCAGCCUCGAGGAAAAGGCGAUGCUGAAUCGCAGGAUGUCGACGGGCCGAUUCAAGUCGAGGAGGGCCAAGAUGCUGGAGCGGAAACGCUUGAGCUUUCGCGGGCAGCUUUCUCAAGACGAUCGGGACCAGCUGGAAAAUGGAGACGCGAGCUCCGAGGUCGCGGCGAGCGGCGCGAUCGAGGACGUCGAAGCGCGCGACGACGUCGACGGAAGGAUCGGCGACACCGAGGACGAAAGUUCGCGCGCGAUCCUCGAGAAAUUGACGUCACAGAUCGUUUCGGCCAGGUUCGACGCGCCUGGGGAGUCGAAUCGAGGACGUAUGAACGACGUAACCGUCGACGGCUCAUUUUCCGAACGAUCGCCGAGAGCUCUUUACCGACCUGGAACCGCGGAGAAAGUUAGAGAAGAGACCGUCGCGAGCGAAGGCGACGGUUUCUUGGACGAGUCGUCGUCUGCCGCGAAUUGCAUCGCAGAAUUCAGCGAGAUCGAAGCGGGGCCGAUCGAAAUAGAGGCCGAACCACAGACGCUCGAAGGACUCGCGAAAGACGCGCCGCGUCCGAGCGGAUCGAGCACGCCGUUCGAUCAUUCGACCGGUUGGAAGGAGCCGGAAAAUCUCUGGGAAACAUCGCUGUCCCCGCAGCAGAACGAAUGGGAGAUGGCUGUAAACGAGGAGACGGGAUCGGAGCUGCUGUAUCGCGUCGAGUUGGACGGAACGGGUCGCCGCAUCGUCGACGAACCGGCGAAGAAAAAUAUCAGAGACUCGACGUCGGGGCGACGACGUUCGACGGCGGCUCGUCGUAUGAACGACAACGAAAAUCGCGAAGACGAGAAGCGGAUAAAUACUCGCGAUAGCAGAGACGUCGCCGUUCAAGCAGCCGGAUGCGAGCGCGCUUUGCGAGUCUUCGACGCGAGCGCAGAGAGAUUCGUCGAUCGUUCCUCGUUUGGCGAAAGUUUCGACGAUCUCGGAAGAUCUCGGAAGAUCGACGGACCAUCUCCGAGGACUCCUAUCGCCGGUUAUCGCGAGAUCGAGGUCUACUUUCCGGCGGAUCGAGCGAUCUCGGAAGAAGCCGAUCGCAGAGAAGAUGACGUCGCGGCGAAUCGGCCGAAACUCGCGAGCUCUGUCGUCGGGGAGAUCGAUCUAGCGGACCAAGAGGUGCAGGAGAUCUACAAGAAUUCGUCGUCGAAGGAUUUCGAGGGCGACAGCGACGAUUCCGCGGACGAGAUCGAGAUGCCCGGGCCGAGAUCCGCUCGCGCGAGGGACGGCCUCCUUUUCGACGCGCGGAAUUUAGGACCGAUGAUCCUGUCGGAAUCGCGGGUGACGGUGAAGAAAUCAUCGAGCGCGGCUUUCAAGUCGCGAUACUCGAGGCUGAUCGGUCUGGAGAACCGAUUCCUCGAGGACGUGAGCGAGAUGAACGACUCGAACGACGGCUUGUCGAUGAUCGACGGCGUCGAGCAGCUGGAGACCGUCGAGAUGGAAACGAUCGAGGAGAUCGGGCACGGGAACGUCGGAUUCGGCGUGCUGCCGGAGAUCAAGAGGACCAGGAUCGUGGUCCGGAAGGAGAGCAACAAAUCGGAGGCGAUCAGCCGACAGACUUACUGGGAGAGGGCCGCCUCGAACGCGUCGAGGAACCGUUUGAUUAAUCUCGAUCUGCCCUGCCAAGGGCCUGGCAGGCUUCUUAACAGAAAUCCGAGAGCACCCGCCCUUCCUCCCGUUUCCAGUAGCGCUUUCUUUAGGAGGAGCAGGAACUUAGCACUGCCAUUACGUCCCGUAUGGAGCAAUUACGUGCGCAGACGACCGGAUUUUAAUCUUGUACUUAGCAGUAGAACCGGCAAGGAUUACAAUCCCUUCCUGCUAGCGGAACAGCAGAUGAACGACCUGCUAUCGGAUGCCAGCGAGCAAUCCGUGAGGGACAGCCCGGUGCUCGCGCAAAACCGCGAGGCCCCGUUCCCCCUCUCCCAUUCCUCGGCGUUCGUGAAAUAUCCCUGCCCGACCAGCCUGAACCCUGGCAAACGAUCGUCCUUGAUAGCUCCGCCCACGGAAUUCGACGACCUCGCGUCCGAUUUCUCGAGCGACUCGACGGAGACGAACUCGCUGUGCCGAGAGGUCUACCUGAAGGACGAGAACGCCGCGAAACCGGGCGACGAGAAGAGGUCGCCCGUCAGAGAAUUAGGGAGACGGGUGAUCAUCGACAAGUCGAAAGCCCUGGGCGGCGAGAUCGCCGACGAGCACGACCGUGGCAGCAGGAGUUUCGUUGCCAGCUCCGAGAGAGCUCGCAAGAUUCUCGACAAAGUCUCGCCGAAGGUGGUUCGGCCGACGGUCGGCCGUUCCUUCUCCGUCCGGGCAUCCUCCGCUCCCAAAGCCACCCUCGACAAAACGAGCUCGAGCCCCAACGACGCUAAGAGAUCGUCGGACAAGGCCAACGAGUCGCAGAGGUCCUCGAACACCAGCCUGAACAAUCGAAACAACAAUUACGCGAACAUGUCGGCCAGCAAUCUCAGCCUGAGCUCCAUCGUGUCCUCGGACGUGGACAUCAAACGGUCGAACUCCGUGUUCGACGAGCUGAUGACCUCGUUCGACGACGACAACGGCUCCUUCGCGUCCCUUAAGUCCCUCCUAAAGAACGAUCCCUUGUCCGUCUCUAGCCCUGUCCAUCGGAGGCCGCGCAACGAUCGGAACAGCGACGAGGACCUGUCUUCGCCCGAGAGCUACAAGAGGCAGGACCAUGGCAAGUUCAGCGGCGACUCCGCCUACAGCAGUUUAAAUCGAAAAUAUUCGCACCAUGGACGCAGCACCAACGACGUGGCGGGUCGCCUCGACGAGGACCACCCGAGACAGAAUCGCGGGAGAAGCGACGCCGACGGAGCGACGCCGUCCAGAAGCAAGCUGUCGAAAUUCUGCCACGAGUGCGGCUCCAAGUUCCCGGAGACCGCGAAAUUCUGCUGCGAAUGCGGCAUCAGGAGGCUCGUUCUUUGAGGGUCGAACAGCGGCGGAAGAAGCCCGACGAAACGUCUUCGUGUAAAGCGGCCUGAAUGCGAUUAGAAGACGGAACGAAUGGAAUUGGAACGAACAGAUUUUGUUUCGAGAACACCGGUUUGGGAAAUAUACUGAACAGAUGAACAGAAA